UUUCCGCUUGUUUUUGUGGUUGUUGCUGUUCUCGGUACCGUGUUAAUCUCUACGGCAACAGCAAUAGCUGAAAGAACGCAUACGCGAAAAAUAUUCGACGCGUUUGUUUUUGUUUACUGUUUUUUCGCCCGCGCUUUUGCUUUGCUGUCGUUCGGCGCUGUGUUGUGUCCGCAGCUCGCGCUAAGUGACCACGCCCCCUCUGUGUUUUCGCCCUGUAUAAAAUUUCUCCCCUGGGAUCUCUUGUUUUCUUCCCUUGCCCUUUGUUUACUUUCGCUUGGUGAAUACGCUACUAACAAACACACACGUUAUACAGAACAAUGUCCGGUGCUCAAAGAAAACUCAAGACCUCCAGAAAGAAAAAAGACCCAAAUGCGCCAAAGCGUUCUCUUUCCGCUUACAUGUUCUUUGCCAACGAGAACAGAGACAUUGUCCGUGCUGAGAACCCAGGUAUCUCCUUCGGUGGUGUCGGUAAGCUCCUCGGUGAGAAGUGGAAAGCCUUGACCCCAGAGGGUAAGGUUCCAUACGAGCAAAAGGCUGAAGCUGACAAGAAGAGAUACGAGCAAGAGAAGGCAAACUACCAAGCUCAACAACAAGAGUAAUCUAAUUGAGCGUGUGUCGGUUUGUUUGUGCGUGCAUUGCCUUUAGUCAAUACUAUGCAUGCUUGCACUUUGCUUCUGUUCGCCUUCCUUUUACGGGCUUUUACUCAUCCUUAUCAACGUUGAUCUGUCUUGUCUCUUGUCUAUGCUUUUCAGUGGUUAACAAGUUUAGCCUCGAAUUUUUGUGAAUUGUUUUUUCAAAGCUUUCUCUCACUCCU